UCCAAAGGUGGAAAGAGAUCAUGGUUUAUAAUUAACUCGAUUAAAAAUAGAAGUGGAACACACUGAAAGUAGCAGGCAGGCUGCUAACAUCUUAGGAAGAAGCUAAGCGGCAUAAUUUAAACAAAAUUAAUCCAAAACAGCACAGGGAAGGAGCCACGACUUCAAGGAUGGCUUUCCAUUCAUUGUGCACAGAGGACUUACUGCGCCCCAGGAUACGAAGCGCUUCCAGCCUGACCCCCAGAAGCCAGAGCAGUUACCAAACGCCACCUCUGACAGAACUUCACCGCCUGCUGUGGACACAUACCCCUUCCACUGGCCACGUGAAUGAAGUCUGGCCAAACCUCUAUGUGGGAGACUUAUAUACCGCUCAGGACAAAGCCCAGCUUCGCCGAAUGGGUAUCACCCACAUCGUGAACGCUGCUGCUGGCCGAUUUCACAUUGACACCGGAGCUAAAUUCUAUAGAGAGCUGCCCGUAGAUUAUUACGGGAUAGAAGCCGAUGAUGAUCCACAUUUUGAUCUCAGCAUUUACUUCUAUCAAGUGGCCAGAUACAUAAGAGCAGCACUGAAUUCUCCAAGAGGCAGAGUAUUAGUGCACUGUGCGAUGGGGAUCAGCCGAUCAGCAACGCUUGUGCUUGCUUUCUUAAUGAUCUGUGAAAACAAGACGCUUGUGGAUGCAAUUCAGACUGUGCGUAAACACCGCGGGGUCUGUCCCAACUCCGGUUUCCUGAAGCAGCUUCAGGAGCUAGACAUGCGGUUAACGAGGGAGAGAGGAAGAGGAGCCGAUUCCUUCAGACUUUAAAUAGGGGGGGGGAUGUCUUCUGAUUACAGACCAACUACUACAGGUGGCCUCCAGGAAGAUUGUACCUCUGCAAGAUAGAUAAAUCCAGAUGGCAUUGAAAUUACCUGGAGA